AUGGCGAUCCAAUUCCUACCCUGGCUUAGACAGAAGAGAGAUCCUUUCAAGCCCUCCUCACUCAACAAAGGGAAUGAUUCUAAUCCUGCGGGGGUUAGUAAAAGACUAGGCCAAUGGUCCCACACCUCAAGGAAGAGAGAUGGAAUGGAAAAGAAUGUCGACAGAAAGGAAGGUCUCAUUCCACAAAGUGCUUGA